CCGGCCUGGCACCCGCCGUGGAAGCUCGCGGCCGUCGUCAGCGGCCACCUCGGCUGGGUCCGGUCCGUCGCCUUCGAGCCGCGCAACGAGUGGUUCGCGACGGGCGGCGCGGACCGGACGAUCAAGAUCUGGGAUCUGGCCAAGUGCGCCGCGGGCGCCGAGGGCGGGCUGAAGCUGACGCUCACGGGGCACAUCAACGCGAUCCGGGGGCUCGCCGUGUCGGCGCGGACGACGUACAUGUUCUCCGCGGGCGAGGACAAGAAGGUCAUGUGCUGGGACCUCGAGACGAACAAGGUCGUCCGCCACUACCACGGCCACCUGAGCGGCGUCUACUCCCUCGCGCUCCACCCGACGCUCGACCUGCUGAUGACGGGCGGCCGCGACUCGUGCGUCCGCGUCUGGGACGUGCGCACGUCGAAGCAGGUCAUGAUGCUCGGGGGCCACGUGAACACGAUCGGCGCCAUCGCGUGCAACGCGUCGGACCCCCAGGUCAUCACGGGCUCCCACGACUGCACGGUGAAGUUGUGGGACCUGGCCAAGGGCAGGGCCCUGUCGACGCUCACGCACCACAAGAAGGCGAUCCGGUCCCUCGCCGUCGCGCCCUUCGAGUUCUCCUUCGCGUCGGGCGCCGCGGACAACAUCAAGAAGUGGCAGUGCAAGGACGGCGCCUUCCUGCGCAACCUGAGCGGCCACGACGCCAUCGUCAACGCCGUCGACGUCAACGACGACGGCGUCCUCGCGUCCGCGGCGGACGACGGGAGCCUCCGGCUCUGGGACUACCGGACGGGCUACGGCUUCCAGAAGCUCCACACCGUCGCCCAGCCGGGCUCCCUCCAGUGCGAGGCGGGCAUCUACGACGCCAAGUUCGACCGGAGCGGGAGCCGCCUCGUCACCUGCGAGGCGGACAAGACGCUCAAGAUCUGGAAGGAGGACACGCACGCGACGCCGGACUCGGACCCCGUCGACAUGGCGGCCUGGACGAAGGAGUGCCGCCGCCUCAAGCGCUACUAA